AUGGCGGCUGGAGUCGGCCCGGCCUGGGCCCGGCUGCUCUGGUUCCUCGGGCUGCUGGGGCUGGUGUCCGCCGCGGCCGCCGCCUGGGACCUGGGCUUGCUGAGCUGCAGUUUCGGCGCCUUCUGCGAGUGCGACUUCCGACCCGACCUCCGGGGCCUAGAGUGUGAUUUGGCCCAGCACUUGGCCGGGCAGCAUCUGGUAAGACAACUGGUAAUGAAGGGGCUGAAGGCUUUUGUGGAGAAUCCUGAGCCAGCCAAACCCCUGGUGAUGUCCUUCCAUGGCUGGACUGGCACGGGCAAAUCCUAUGUCAGUUCCAUGCUGGUCCAGUACCUGUUCCGAGACGGGAUGGCCAGUCCCCACGUGCAUCACUUUUCUCCUGUCAUCCACUUCCCCCAUGCAGAGCAAAUAGAGCACUACAAGAGUGACCUGAAGCAGUGGAUCUUGGGGAACCUCACAACUUGUGGCCGCUCCCUCUUCCUCUUUGAUGAGGUGGACAAGAUGCACCCAGGCCUGUUAGGGGUACUCCGUCCCUUCCUGGGACCUUCCUGGGUAGUCUAUGGUACCAACUACCGAAAAGCCAUCUUCAUCUUCCUCAGCAAUGCUGGUGGGGAGCAAAUCAAUCAGCUAGCACUGGAUGCCUGGCGUGCCCGGAGAGACCGAGAGGAGCUCCAGCUUGGGGAUCUAGAACCCGCCAUCUCUAAGGCCAUCGUGGACAACCCCCAGCAUGGUUUCUGGCAGUCGGGAAUUGUAGAAGACCAACUCUUGGACUUGCUGGUCCCCUUCCUGCCCCUCCAGCGCCACCACGUCCGGCACUGCGUGAUCAACGAACUGGCCCAGCUGGGCCUGGCCCAGCAGCAGGAGGACGAGGUCUAUGCACAGCUGAGAGAGGAACAUUAAAAUGGCAGCACAGAAAAUGUUGUAAAGGACAAUGGGUACAUAAUGAGACAGAUUUUCAGUCUUGGUCAAUGUAUUGAUCCAUAUGCUGGUCUAUUUUGCUUGAUUGUACUUAUCUGUUAUAAGGAAGGACUCUAUUGAUCCGGGAGGAGACAUGGAGUAAUAUAAAGAAUUAAAAAAGUAAAAUUAAAACAUGUUAAAAGGGGGAAAAAAGAAAACAUAUGGGAUUGAGAGCUGAGAAAUCUGGAUUCUACUCAUGGCUCUGCCCAUAAUUCUGAGCAAAUCUCUUCCCUUCAUUGAGCCUAUUUCCUCUCUGAAAUGAAUGGGUUGGAUGGGAUAAUCUCUAGGGUUGCUUUCAACUCAAUGGUCCCUAAGUUUUUUGUAGCGCAGAAGCCUUUCUCAUAUAUUUCUCUCUCUUAAUCUCACACUGAUUUUGGUGGGAAGGGAAAGAGUCAAUGAGCACUGCUUCGAUUUGUGUAUUUGUUUUAUUCCCCCCAUUCAACAAAUCAACAAAUACUAAAAUUUUGCCUACCAUAUGCAAAGCAUUCUGCUAGACAUUAAAGAUAUAA